ACGCGAGCGCGAAGCGCGCAAAUAAAGCAGGACGACAAAUGAGAGCGAGCAGGCAAACAGCGGGACCGCGACUACGCGAGGACGUUCGACGGCACCGCCGAGUUCAACUCUUCGGGUGAACCGGUGGUAUUUCCAAAACAGGAACAGAAAGAAAAGACCGCCGCCGCCUGCAGCCAUAGUGAAAGCGGUUCAUGAUGAAGAAAAGCUGCAGUGUUCAAGGAGUCACUUCGGGAGACGAGAAGACCCAUCCUCCCGGCUGUCAAAGUCCCUCGGGCAGCACCCUCGGAGUCGAGGCGUGUAAGGUCCACCGGCGCUUUUCCGGCAACCUGCAGCUGCCUCCGUUGUCAUGGCGACAAGCCGACAAGGAGCGAGAGCGGAGACCUUCGCUAACCCCGGAGGAAGAACCCGUGACUCCGGCCAGGCCCACCAGUCUAGCGCUCGCUUCCCUCCCCCGGAUCGACAUCACAAAGGCGGACCCCGACAGCUCAGAGGGAGAGAACGGCGGCCCGUCGUCGUGCCGUAGUCCCUCGGAGCCGCAAGCGUCCCCGGGUUCGGGUCUGGUUGUGCAUCCCAACCCGGCGAGCCACGGCCAGCGUCGAGAGUCUUUCCUGUACCGCUCCGACAGUGACUACGAAUUGUCCCCCAAGUCUCUUUCUCGAAACUCUUCCAUCGUUGGAGAGCUGCACGGGGAGGACUUGAUCGUGACUCCCUUUGCCCAGGUUCUGGCAAGCCUUCGCACCGUCAGGAACAACUUCAGCACAUUGACAAACGUGCAAUGUGCAUCCAAUAAGAGGUCUCCUGCGGCUAACCAGCCUCCUCCAAAACUCAGUUUGUCAGAUGAGUCUUACCAGAAGCUGGCCAUGGAGACUAUGGAUGAGUUAGAUUGGUGUCUGGACCAAUUGGAGACCAUCCAGACCUACCGCUCCGUCAGUGACAUGGCAUCCAACAAGUUCAAAAGGAUGCUGAACCGGGAGCUGAGCCACCUGUCUGAGAUGAGUCGCUCAGGGAACCAAGUGUCAGAAUACAUCUCCAACACAUUCCUAGACAAACAGAAUGAGCUGGAGCUUCCGUGUCCCGUUCCCAAAUCGAGGGAAAGGAAGCGGCGGCAAGGCCAGCAGCAGCAGCAAGGCGGGAUGAUGACUCACAUCGGCGGGGUCAGGAAGGUCAGCUACACGCCGGGCAUCUCUGGAGGCGCCGCCACCGCCGCCAAUCGCUUUGGGGUCAAGACGGAUCAAGAGGAACUGCUGUCUAAGGACCUGGAGGGCAUCAAUAAAUGGGGACUGAACAUCUUCCGGGUGGCAGAGCACUCCCACAACCGACCCCUCACUUGCAUCAUGUACGCCAUCUUUCAGGAGCGAGACCUGAUGAGGACCUUCAAGAUUCCAACGGACACGUUUGUGACGUUCAUGCUCACCCUGGAGAGCCACUACCACUCUGACGUGGCUUACCACAACAGCCUGCACGCCGCCGACGUGGCGCAGUCCACUCACAUCCUGCUGUCCACGCCAGCGCUAGACGCCGUCUUCACCGAUCUGGAGAUCCUGGCGGCUAUUUUUGCAGCCGCCAUUCAUGAUGUGGACCACCCGGGCGUGUCCAACCAGUUCCUAAUCAACACCAACUCCGAACUGGCUCUGAUGUACAACGACGAGUCGGUGCUGGAGAACCACCACCUGGCCGUGGGCUUCAAACUGCUGCAGCAAGACAACUGCGACAUCUUCCAAAACCUCGGCAAGAAGCAGAGGCAGACGCUCCGGAGGAUGGUCAUAGACAUGGUUUUGGCCACGGACAUGUCCAAACACAUGAGCCUGCUGGCAGACCUAAAAACCAUGGUGGAGACCAAGAAGGUGACCAGCUCGGGAGUGCUUCUACUGGACAACUACACAGACAGGAUGCAGGUUCUUCGUAACAUGGUCCACUGCGCCGAUCUGAGCAAUCCCACCAAGCCUCUGGAUCUGUACCGGCAGUGGACCGACAGGAUCAUGGAUGAGUUCUUCCACCAGGGAGACCGAGAGAGGGAGCGGGGGAUGGAGAUCAGCCCCAUGUGUGACAAGCACACGGCGUCCGUGGAGAGAACGCAGGUGGGCUUCAUCGAUUACAUCGUGCAUCCUUUGUGGGAGACGUGGGCCGACCUGGUCCACCCGGAUGCCCAGGACAUCUUGGAUAUGCUGGAGGACAAUCGGAACUGGUACCAGAGCAUGAUCCCCCAGAGUCCCUCCCCUCCCUUCUACUCCGGCGACGGGGGCCCCCACGGGGAGACGGAGGGCCUCCCGCUUGCCAGCAAAUUUCACUUUGAGCUGAUGCCGGACGAGCGGGAAGAACGCGAGAACGCGCCGACGACGCUCCCGGCGGCGCACGACGUCUCUCCGGCCGAGACUUAGCCGCUCCGGAGCGAGCGGGCGCUAGCUCGGAAGAUUGCGGCACCUCUCGGAGAUCGUGUUGAAUUGCAGUGGAGCAAUCCUGCAGCGGCGGCUCUUUGGAGCUUCCCGAGAACACGCGGCUGACGACCGCGGCGGUUUGCUUUUGAAAGCGGCCGGCCCGCUCGCUUCUAUUGAAGCUCGCAAACGCGCCGGCUGCUGUCCCAAAGGAAGGCCAAGUGCACAGUAUUCCUCCGCCUUGUCGGAGCGGUGGGAAAAUCCCCAACCUGUGCUUCGGGACGUUUGUUGAAUUCAUUUGCAAACAGAAAAUUUGUCUUUGGACAGACUGUCGGUCAGCACGCUACUUGUAACCAAGACGGGUUUUUAUUUGUCCCUCCCUCUCUCUCCAGCGUCUUGAAAAUGAUUGUGUGCCUUUUUUUUAACAACCAUGUCCUUUUGUAUUUGUUUUUUUCUAAUUUAUUGAACACAUUCAUGUAGCUGUGAUAGCUUUUUGUACAGAGCAGACAAAGUGUUUGUCUCACACAGUCUUCCUAAAGUUGUGGCUGGCAAUAGCGUAAGCGCUUCCUCACCGAGCGGCACCAAGUUCAGUGCUCGCAUCUCCAGAUCAAAGAUCACUUUGACUUCCCAGCACUUUUUUUGCACUUUGUGGCCCAAAGUGAGGACACCAAUGGUUAAUACGUCAAACCAAAAUGGGUGUGUACGUGUGCGUGUUUUUCCUCAAAUCCAAAGAUGUUGUCAUUUUGAUGGUAUUGCCGCCAUCUUGUAAAAGCGUUUGCGUCUGUGAAGUGGGAGGAUGACAAAAGCCAACCAUAAGUUUGUUUCAAGGAACCCUAACCCCGUGAUUCGUUCCAAACGGUAAACGACGAGCGAGCGACGUAAUAAUGGUAUCUUGCCGUUUUGAUUGUGGCACUUUCCCGACGGUUCUGCAGCUGGUUGCUGAUCUGUCAAUAUUACCUUCCAGGUACCGCGUGCUGGCUUUUUGUGUGUGAAAAAUGAUCAGAGAAUUGCACAGACUCUGGUUGCACCCAGUGUUGUGCUGUUUCUUUCAUUUAUUCUCUUUUCCUUGUACAGUGUUAUUGUUGUGUUAUUUAUAUGCACAAACACGUCAAAUCAGUUUGAGCAAACCGGUCCGGUGGCUCCAUGCCCGGCUCUUUUGUUGACGUGACGUGAUGCGGUUCCAAUUGGAACUUUUGGACAAGUACUGUACUUUUGGAUCCAACUCGCUUGGGGUGCAUAUUAGGUUUCACUUCAGCUAUUCAAGUUCUCCAUCAACGUGUACGGUGACGGGUCAUUGUACGAUAUCGGUGCCGCCAAAUUGGUUUUUUUUUUUUCCACUACUAAGAUGCUAUAUGUUGUGCUCAACAAAUGUUUUUCUGUCCGAUUAUUAAAACAGGCGUGAAUGACAAUAUUUUCCUCACUCUGGAGUCUUUUUGGGUGGCUACGAUAAGCGAAAUGGGUGGGUGUCAAUCUCGAGUGGGGAAGUCUCUUCCAAAUUCAGUCCCAGGGGCCACAGACUCGACACAAUGUAAACAGGAAGAAUAGAAGAGAUAGCGAUGCUAUGUAUUCAGCCCUCAGGGCAUUCACUCUCCCAUGGCCUUGAGCACCUUGACCCAAAGCGAUAAGCACCUGAAAUACACGAUGGGCAAGCCGGGAAGAAGAACGCAAUCGGCGUGAAAGCAGCCGUGACGUCAAACAGCUUUGGCUUUCUGACUGAGUCAAUAAAGCACAAAAGGAAA